AUGGGUAAAGAGAAUCAGUUGGAGACUACAAAUUGUGGAGUCAAUGAUCACGAUUGUCCACCCGUCAAGAACGAGGAAGUAGCAGUUGAGGCACGUUACAGUACAGACAGUGACUCGGGUUUGCCGACUUGUCGUGUAUGCCAUUCUGCAGAAUCUGACAGACGGGGAGACGCUGCGUUAGGGUUUUUGGGUAUUACUCCUCCGGUUCCAGAAGCUCGUAAAAGCAAUGCAGACGAAACUGUUGACGAUGUCAGUAAAGCAACAGAGGCUGAGCUGAAGAAUUCUGUCGUUAAAAGCAAUGGAGUGGAAUCUGGCUUCGUCGAAAUAACAAGUCCUGAUGGGGAAGUUUUCAUUUGCACAAAUGAUAUCGAGAUGGGAAUCCAGCAGCAUCAGGAUGCGUUGCUUGAGCUUGGAUGUUCUUGCAAAAAUGAGCUUGCUUUGGUACACUACGCCUGCGCGCUCAAAUGGUUUCUCAACCAUGGAUCCACAGUGUGCGAAAUCUGUGGAUUUUCUGCGGAAAACGUAAAAACUGCUGAUUUCAACAAAGUGGUCAUUGCCUUGAGAGAUUACACGGCAUUAAGAGAAAGAACAGCUGAUGGAGGAGAUCCAAACUCUGUAUUACCGGUGAAUACAGAUUCAACCAUAGAUUCAGAUGAAGUUGCUGCUAUUCGAAGGCAACGACUUAGUGAGAUAUCUUCAUGGUUUGGUCCCCAUUCUCUGAACAACAACGGUAGCUCUGUUGCAGCUUCUCAGGCUAUGUCUGAACAACCUUUAGGUGUUGUGAACUUUGAUAUAAUGCCUAUGGAAAGCCGUGCAACUAAAUGGGCUGUGGAAGGUACCGGGAUUCUACUUGCUACCGGUUUACUCACCGUUACUCUGGUCUGGCUCAUUGCUCCUCGUGUUGGAAAGAAAACUGCUAGGAGCGGACUUCACAUCCUUCUUGGUGGUCUCUGUGCUUUGACAAUAGUCAUCUUCUUCAGAUUCGUCGUGCUCACUAGAAUCAGGUAUGGUCCUGCACGCUAUUGGGCAAUCUUAUUCAUCUUCUGGUUUCUCGUGUUUGGUAUUUGGGCUUCUCGUUCCAAUGCGUCUCACAGUAACCCUUGA